AUGAGAUUCGAUUCGAAUCGGUUGAAUCAAUCUUUGGAAAUGCCGAUUGGAUCAAACCUGCACCCUUGUGAGUGUUUUGACGACCACACCCUCAACAGCCAACAAUGGGAAAACACAACACAACACUCUGAACCAAUGGCAUUGACGGAAGAACAGCAGGAGCGCAUACGGCAGAACCGGGAGAGAGCCCUUGCCAUUCAACGGCAGCGCAAGAAAGAUCCCGAAGAGAAAGAGAGGAAGGCUACGCCACCCAGCACGGAAAAGAAGCGACCACUCGACAGCCCACACUCGGCCAACAAUAAGAGGCCCAAAGUUCUUGUAGUGGACGAGGAUGAUGAAAACGUUUCUUUGGAACCAUUCGAAGAAGGCGCAUCCGAUUUAGUGACGAAAAGCGACGCCAAAAAACUCUAUUGCUUGCCCGAAGGGACACUGCAGUGUUGUACAGUGGUCGAAAAAGACAAUCCACGCCACAAGAGUUGGUCCAAAAUGAAACUCUAUCAUCGCAGUGAAGUACGGCGACGAGCACGCAAACGAUACGGGGGACGACUGGGACUGGAGGCCGAACGAAAACGACGACAAGACGAACGAUUUGCAAAUGAUUUGGCCAAGACCAAAAAUAUUUUUCAAAAGAAAUAG